AGGCCAGAGCAGGCUCGCCGUGAGAGGCCUCAGGCAGCGGAAGCGCCAUGGCGACCAACAUUGAGGAGAUUUUUCGGUCUUUUGUCGUAAAGAAGAUAAAGGAGAUAGAGGAUGAGAAACAGCGGAGUGGAAAAGUAACCAACAGGGCAAAUGGUGAAAUUAAACCAGUAGUGGAGGCAAAGGUUUCUGAAGAUGUGGCUGAUAUCACUGUGGCUGUCCAGAAGGAACCAAUUAUGGAAAACACCCUGCAUAUAUUACAUGGUUUUCAAAAUGAAAAUCCUGAAAGUAAGGAGAGUUUAACUGUGGACAGUGCAAAAGUGGAAGAAAUUAAAACUCUAGCUUUGGAUAACAAAGAAGAUAGUUCACCUCCAAUGAGAUGCAAGAAUAAAAAACAUAAACACAAACAUCAUCAUAAGCAUAAAAGUAAAAAGAAGAAGAAAAAGAGGAGGAAAAAGAAAGAAGGAAAGAGAGACCGCUCUCGGUCUCGCUCAGGAUCCCGCCUGAGCGUGAAGCCACAGACUGAGUUGCGGUUACAAUCACAAUCUCAUUCGGAGUCACCUUUAAACAAUGAAUGUAGCAGUAUAAAGAGUGAAAAUAUCUCUGUUUUGACAAAAUUAAGCAGAACUGAGUCAAAUAAAGAUACAGUUGAUGAAGUAACUAAUACAAGCGUUGUAGUAACAGUGGGAGUUGGAAAAGAAUGCUCUGUGGCUGAAAAGCCGUUGGUACAGAACCAUUGUGAAAAAAGCAUACAUGUAAAAGAGAACAUUGUUGCUGACAUAAAUUUUGACAAGGAAGUAACUAGAGUUGAAAAUAUUUCUGGAUUAUUGGCUCCAGCCUCAGCUGUCGAGCAGGAUCAAGAAUCCAAAUUGGUUUAUAGUUUUGGUUCAGACAAUGUACAGUCAAAAUAUACUCAAACUGUUGAAGAAAAGGAUAAAACUGACAGAGUUGAGGCAAGGAGAACGAAAAGAAGUCGGUCAAGAUCUCACUCAAAGUCAGCAAAACAUCACAAGUCACAAUUACAUUCUCACACUCACCAUUCUGUAAAAAAAUCAUCAAGCAGUAAGCAUCAUUUAUCCCAGAGUUCAUGUUCCAGGAAACAAUCAUCACCAGUUAAACAUCGAUCAAAGUCGACCUCCAGAGAACAGAAGAAGCACACAGAAUCAUCUCCAAAGUCUAAAAGGAAACAGUCUGAUUCUCGCUGUAGAACAAGGAAUGAACAACAGUCAAAAUCAAAAUCUCGGUCCCCUUCAAGGUCACACCGUAAAUCAAGGUCACACUCUGCAACAAGGACCAAACAGAAAUCAAAAUCACUGCAUUGUUCUCGGUCGUGCUCACGGUCAAAACACAGGAGUAGGACUCACUCAGGAUCUCCUGUGAGAUCAAGAUCCAGGGUCACACGGCCACACUCUCCAAGACCUAGAUCAAGAUCCAGUGACAGACGAUGUCAUUUAUCAGGUUCAAGACCAUACCGUAGUCGGCUUGUGAGGACACGGAGGUCACCUGAUUGGCGGAGGAGAUCCAGAUCUCCCUUAAGGAGAAAAAGUCCCAGCAGAACACCUGAACGCCUCACAGACCUAGAUAAAGCCCAGUUGCUAGAGAUAGCAAAAGCCAAUGCUGCAGCCAUGUGUGCCAAAGCUGGAAUGCCUUUGCCAGCAAACCUGAAACCUGUUGUGCCCCUUGUUAAAAACGUGAUCGCCAAAAAAAUAGGUUGUACAUCAAUACAAGAACUCACAGAGAAAUGCAAGAAAAUUGUUGAAAGCAAUGAUAAUGAAUUGGGUAACGAACUUCAUGUCUCUGAAGAGGAUGAAUCAGUCAUUAAUCAACCAAUUAAAGUUAAUGAACUGAAAUCCAUUUCUUUCAGCUUAAACAAUGCGACAAUGAACCCAGCAGCAAAAACGCAGGUAGCUUUAACUAAGGAGUUUCCAGUCUCCUCUGGCACACAACACAGGAAGAAAGAGGUGCUGAAUGUUUAUGGUGAGUGGGUUCCCAUGGAAAAGGACAGUGAAGAAACUACUGAUGAUGUCUUUACAGAUGUCUGUACUCAGGCAGUAGAUAUCUCUGUAACAAUGACUGAGAGAGCAACAGCUCAGAGACGUCUUGUAAAAAAUCCAUAUGAUGUAGAGGCUAUGUCGAUGAUUCUACAGACACAGGAACAGAUUGAUAUGUGGGCCCAGUCAAACUCUUUGCCUGGUCAGUUCACAGGCAGUACUGGAGUUCAAGUCUUGACCUAUGAAAAACUAACAAGUAGUGGCCCCCAAGCUUGGAUCAGGAAGGACCAGUUCCUGAAGGCUGCACCUUUAUCUGGAGGAAUGGGAGCACAUUUGAUGCAGAAAAUGGGUUGGAGACAAGGAGAAGGGCUGGGAAAAAACAAAAAUGGACCGGUAGAACCCAUAGUCGUUGACUUCAAGAUUGAUCGUAAAGGUCUUGUAGCUGAAGGUGAGAAAACGCAUAAGAAACCUGCAAACUUUGCUACAAUGAAGGAUCUGUCAGGAAAACAUCCUGUUUCUGCAUUGAUGGAAAUUUGUAACAAGAGAAAAUGGCCACCACCUGAUUUUCUGAUGGUCCAUGACAGUGGUCCUGAUCAUUGCAAACAUUUUUUGUUUAAGGUGAUGAUCAAUGGCACAGAGUACAAACCCAGCCUACCUAGUCCUAACAAGAAGCAUGCCAAGGCCUCAGCUGCCACCAUUGCGCUGCAGGCCAUGGGGCUUGUUCCAAAAGAUGGUGGUACUUCCGCCUCAGAUGAUGCUACAUAAAUUAUCUGCCAUUAAAUUGUUUAAUUGUGUAAAUAAAAAUGUUUUAAGUUAGCUAUUAUACAAUUUACUCUUUUUACAAAAGUGAUUAAUUCCCAUUGUACAUUUGUAAGUACCCAUCUUCAAUAAAGCAAUUUGUGGUUC